AUGAAGUUCUCUCUCGUUUCUUUGCUGUCUUGCUCAGUCCUCGCUUCGGCGAGCUGGACCAAGAACUUGAACUAUCGCUCGCCUUCGGAGCACCAUCCGGCUCUUGGAAUAUCUCUGCACAAGGUCAACAAGAGAAACACGCCAGAGAAGGCUUUCACAGCCGCGCAGCUCAACUUCACCCAUGGCGUUGCUUCCGGAGACCCGUACCCGCACUCGAUUAUCCUCUGGACUAGAGUCGCUCCGAUGACGGACAGUGUCAACGACAAUGCGACGGUGAGCGGAUACGUCCCUCUUUACAACCAUGGACCUAAUCAGACGGUCUCUACUGCUCCCGUUUGUGUCCAAUUCAAGGUUGCCCGUACCCCAGAUUUCAAAGAGGUCGAGAGCUGCGGCACCGCGUAUACAUCCAGUGACAUCGAUUAUACGGUCAAGGUUGAGGCUACCAAUCUGACCGCCUGGACUCGGUAUUACUACCAGUUCAACAUCUGCAACUCCAACAAGACAAGCCCUCUCGGCCGCACCAAGACGACUCCAGCUCCAAACGACUACGUUGCUCAGGUGGGACUUGCCAUUUAUUCCUGCAGCAACUUCCCGUUCGGAUUCUUCAACGCUUUCGGCAACCCGGCUCGUAAGAACAGCGUUGACUUCGUAGUUUUCCUGGGCGAUUACAUCUACGAGUACGCGGGCAAUGGAGACUACGGAUAUGGAUACUCCAUCGACCGCGUCCCGAAACCAGUGAAGAGCGGAGAGAUCUACACGCUCUACGACUACCGCGAGAGGAUCGCAACCUACCGCACUGAUCUGGACCUGCUGCUGUCCCAUCAGACAUAUCCCUGGAUUCCGGUUUGGGAUGAUCAUGAGGUCUCGGAUAACACUUACCGCGAUGGUGCAUCAGAACUCAACAACACCGAGGCCUCCUUCGUUACCGACGGUGGUGUCUCUGUCGAUCAGCGUAAGAUGAACGCAGUUCGUGCGUACUUUGAAUGGAUGCCUAUUCGACAAGUCGAAAUGGACGACAACUUGCGCAUAUGGCGUAGCUUUCAGAUUGGUUCACUCUUUGAUCUCAUCAUGCUUGACACCCGUCAAUAUGAUCGCUCCAUUACGGAUCUGUAAGCCACUUGCAGCAUCCUAUCACUCUGAAGAUUGACUGACUGACGGCUCCGUUAGGUACUGGAACACUGACUACAUUCACCAGAUCUCCAACGAUGCCGGCCGUUCCCUAAUGGGAAGCCGUCAGGAGAACUGGUUCUACAACCAGCUCGGCGAAUCCGCCAACCGCGGUGCUCGCUGGAGGAUCAUCGGAUCCCAGACGGUGUUUUCCAAAGUCAACGAAUCCGUCGUCUACGGAAACGUCAACCCGCUGGACUACGAUGCUUGGGAUGGCUACCAGGCCAACCGCAAUCGCACGCUCAACUACCUGAUGCAGAGCAACAUUGGCAACAACAUUGUCGUCUCGGGAGACUCGCAUGCCUCGUGGGUCAGCGAUCUGGUCUGGCUCGACCACGCCAACUACUCCGAAAGUACCGGUGCCGGCUCCCUUGGCGUGGAAUUUGCCGGCUCCGCCGUCUCAUCGCCUUGCCCCUACGGCCAGAACAUCACGCUGCGCUCCGCGAACAACUACUCCGACUGGCUGGAGGCGCACAACCCAGAGCUACACUGGAACGACCUGUACUACCGCGGGUACUUUGAACUGCAGAUCUCGUACCAGGAAGUCAACGCUUCCUUCUUCGGCAUGCCCACCAUCGUCACCCGCAACCCUCUCGAAAUCCCACUCGCCAAUUUCACGGUCAAGAGUGGCGCGAAUAUGCUGCAACGCCCCAUUGCGGGCGGUAUUGCUGAGAGCGGAAGCUUGAAGGGUGGCCAGAUUCGACAGACGAAUGUUACGAAUAAUACUCUGAGUGGCUUGUGGACGGUCAGUCAGGCGAAUGUGGAGGAUAUUUAG